GAGGUUUGAACAUGGUAAUCUAUGAUAUUUUUCUCUGAGAGCUCAUGACAGCUUUGCUUUGAAAGUCUCAUCAUUGUUCACGACGCCUGGGAUACCAUCUAGCGCGACUUCUACGCAACAAACGCAACUUUGUCUUUACCUCAACGCCUUUGUCGCGUCAGUGGCGUCACCACUUAUAAACGUUUCUUUGCUUCGAUGCAAAAAUCAUUAAAUCAUUCUCAUUCUCUACUUCUCGAGCUUCAAUGGCAUCGAUUUCUAUCACACCAGCAUCCCCCUCAGCAGACCUUGCGACACCGGAUCCUGCACGACAUUUCACCAACAUAUACGCUGCUGCCAGUAUAGAUGCUGUCGUUGAUCGAUUCGGUUUAUGCAUGAGAUAUCUCCUCAAUUUUAAUGUUCCCUUCGAACGGGCGAUACAAAGGCUCUGUCGUAUAGAGCUUGGGUUCGAUGACGUGGUGGUGGGGUUCAAUGACAUGGAGGAGGCGUUUAAUUGGUUGGAGGACUCGCUCGAAGGCAUGACGGAGAUGCUCAAGGAUGUGUUCCGUGCCACAGGUGAAAUACUUGAUGGCAUGGAUAAGACGUUCGAUGGCAUGGCAGAGGAGAUCUGUGCAUUGGAGGAGAAGGUCAAACUGAUAGAGGAGGAGAUCUUUGAACUGAUACACGGUAACGGAUUAUGGCCCAUUCGAAUUUGCAAUCAUCGAUGCUCAUUGGAUGAUCCAUUGGUCUGGCCUCCUGUUUCUGAUACUUCCUAUCCAGCUGGGAAGCCCGAGACUCUUGCGGGACUUCAAACAAUGAACGCUGAGAUGUGUGCGGCUCUUGCUGCUGCCUUACACCUUCGACCUCCUCCUGAUCUACUUCAGCCCCCACUCGAGUGGAGGAGAAAGCAAGUAAUCAAUUAUAUUGGAUGCGCGGAAUGAGUCAUUCUACUGUGUUGUAUCAUUGAUGCCAUUACCUUUGUGUUCGUUAUAGCACAAAUGUUCCUCGGUCUUGCAUAUAUAAUUUAUUUAGAACGUCUGCAAAGACGGGGAUCCGUUUGCUAUGGUGUGGAAUAAUCGAUAUGAUAAUAACACAGCACACGAGGCGCUGCACUGCACUCACGUCCCAAACACAGCAUGCGCGCAUGUCAAUUGGAGGCGCGUGAUUCUGUUUUGAGCAUAGCCAUCGACCGAACGC